GUGAUUUCAGAUGUGGCUGGAACCGUAUGAAGCUGCAGCCUGCAGUCCAAUGUUCCUAUUGAUGUCAAGACCGUGUAAAGAGCUGUUGAGCAAAUGGAGCUUAAAGAACAACUCCAAGUUUGGAUAUAUGAGAUGAGAGGAAAUGAAGCAUUUUCCACUUUUCAAAGUAUUGGUGAAGUGUCUAAGAAGAUGAUUGAGCUUACAAUUCACAAAUCUUUUCACUUGGUCUAUCGUCUUAUUGAGUUGGCUCUAAUGUUACCAGUUACAACAGCCACAGUUGAAAGAGCUUUCUCAUCGAUGAAUAUUAUCAAGACAGAUCUUCGCAAUAAGAUGGGAGAUGACUAUCUUACGGAUUGCUUAGUAUGCUACAUCGAAAGAGACAUUUUUCAAGCAAUUGAUAAUGAAGCUAUUAUGCAGCAUUUUCAAAAUAUGAAAACUCGUAGGAUUGAUUUGCCUAGGUUGCAGAAGUAAAUCAAGUAGUAUGUAAUGAACUAUAAUUUUUUGUUAAAUUAUUACGCUAUUGUUGUUCUUAUUAUAUUUUG